GGACAUCACAGCCGGUUGUAAGGUUGUUGUCGGCGGAGGGCUGCGCUCCUACGCCUCCUCUGGGCCGAUGAUGACAGGAGAACAGACCGGAGCGGCGGACUGUGGUCCCGUGUGUCGGUGUGUGGAGCAGAGUAGGCCGCUCUGCUCUUCUCCUCGGACCCCGGUGAAUCGGUUUCUCCGGAUUCCGGGCCCCGGCUCAGGCUCAGGUCAGGCGGGUGUGAGUGUGGCGGACUCAAAGUAUCACACUCGCUGUAGUAAAAGCCGGGUUGUCCGGGGCUUUUGGCCGCUGUCUCCGCCGUUGUCUCUGGUUUCAUCCUCCGCCUUCGUCCUCAUGUUUUCCCCCGGAGUUCCUCCCCCUGCGGCGCUGGGCGGAGUUUCAUACCGGACUAGACGCUCCUUUUGUCGGAUUCGAUUCGACUUGACUCCCCGGGGUUUACGACUGAAAAACGCAGGCUUUGGAGGUCCUGGAGGCACGCGGACGACACGGUUGUGUGCGGUGAUUACCGGACAGUGUGUGUGAACCAGCUGAGGUGGGUGGGGUCUAUCUGCUGCAGGAUGAACGGCAGCAGCGUCUCCACUUCUCAGAAUUCCAGGCUCAAAAAAGAACAAAAGCAACAAGAUGACUGGAGUAAAGAGGACUGUCUCACUCUCCUGGAGAAGAUCCGCACUUCUCUACCAGAUGCAGACGCCAUGAAGUAUAAAACCACAGAAUCUCACUUUGACUGGAACAAAGUUUGUUUCGGCAGCUUCACUGGAGACAUGUGUCGUCAGAAGUGGCAGAGAGUGUCGACGGAGGUUCGUAAGUACAGAACAAUGACUGAACUCAUCGCAGAUGCCAUCGAGUUUGUUAAGAACCCGUACAAAGGAAAGAAGCUGAAGACUCACCCAGACUUUCCCAAGAAACCGCUGACUCCAUACUUUCGCUUCUUCAUGGAGAAACGAGCCAAAUACGCCAAGAUCCACCCAGAGAUGAGCAACCUGGACCUGACCAAGAUCCUUUCCAAGAAAUACAAAGAGCUGCCGGACAAAAAGAAGCAAAAAUACAUCACUGAGUUUCAACGAGAGAAAGAAGAGUUUGAGAAAAACAUGACACGAUUUAAGGAGGAGCAUCCAGAGCUGAUGGAGGAGAGAAAAAAAUCUGAUCUGCCCGAAAAACCAAAGACUCCACAACAGCUGUGGUACAACCAUGAGAAGAAGACGUACAUGAAGGUCCAUCCAGAGGUGAGUCAGAAGGAACUCAAAGACGCUCUGAGGAGACAAUGGUCUCAGCUUUCUGACAAGAGGAGACUCAAGUGGAUCAGCAAAGCACUGGAACUGCAGAAGGACUACGAGGACAGCAUGAGAGUGUACCAUGAAGCUCAUCCAGACGUGAACUCAGAUGAUCACGUUCGCUCAGUCCUCACUAAAGCAGAGAGACAGUUAAAGGACAAGUUUGACGGGCGACCGACUAAACCUCCUCCUAAUGGCUACUCUCUGUACUGCGCUGAACUGAUGGUGAACAUGAAGGACGUCCCGAGCACCGAGCGCAUGGUUCUGUGCAGUAAACAGUGGAAGAUGAUGACGCAGAAAGAGAAGGACAUGUUCCAGAGACGCUGUGAGCAGAAAAAGAAGCAGUACGACAUCGACUUGCAGAGAUUCCUGGAGAGUCUCCCAGAAGAAGAACGAGACCGCGUCAUGACUGAGGAAAAACUGGGCGGGGCUAAACUUGGUGUGGGCGUGACCUCUAGUCCUCACAGGGCCAAAUCUCCUUCUGUCAAGGGAGGGGAGCGGGGCCGUGAGGCGGAGCCAGAGUCAUGGCUCCCGGCUGGACCUCAGAAAGAGAGACGGGAUGGGAAGAAGACGGUGAAGCUUCCAGAGACGCCGAAGACAGCGGAGGAGAUGUGGCAGCACAGCGUGAUCGGGGACUAUCUGGCCAAAUACAGAAGUGACCGCAGGAAGGCGCAGGUGGCGAUGGAGGUGGCGUGGAAGUCGAUGGAGAAGAAGGAGAAGAUUCUCUGGAUCAAGAAAGCGGCAGAGGACCAGAAACGUUACGAGAGGGAGCUGUUGGAGAUGAGAGCUUUAGGUCCAAAUCAGAGGAAACCCAAGUUUGACGGAGAACCAAAGAAACCUCCAGUGAGCGGUUAUCAGAUGUUCUCUCAGGAGCUGCUGACGAGCGGCGAGCUGAACCACUUCAGUCUGAAGGAGCGCAUGGUGGAGAUCGGAAAACGCUGGCACAAGCUCAGCCCCGCCCACAAAGACAAGUACAAGAGACAGGUAGACGAGCAGCAGGCGGAGUACAAGGCGGAGCUGGAGAGCUGGGUGAAGUCUCUAUCUCCUCAGGAUCGAGCUGUCUACAAAGAGUUUUCUUCCACUAAACGUCGUAGCACAGCUAAAGCUCGCAGUCCUGCAGCUAAAGUCCACGUGACAGUGAAGGCAAAGGCAGGAACUUCCAGAGCUGCAACAGCAGGGGUCGCUGUGGGAAAGAGGGCCAUGGCCUACAGAGCCAAGCAGGACAUGUUGGACACAGACGAAGAAGACAAGAGCGACUCGUCUGACUCCAACGACGACGAGGAGACGUCGGGAACGAGCGACAGCGAUGAAGACGAGAAGGACGACGAGGACGAAGAUCAAUCGUCCUCCGAGGAAUCCAGUGACUCAGACUCGGAUUAGCUCCACCCAUUCAACCUCAUUGGAGAGGACAGGCUGUGCAGGCCACGCCUCCUAAUAUGCCAACUGAUCCUGGCGGACCAAUGAGAGAUUAGCGAUGUCGCAGCGCUAUCCCAGGAGGGGCGGAGCCUGACGGAGUGUUUUGUUACCUGUAUGUUUUUUAUCAAGUGUUUGUUGGUUUUUAUCUGAUGGACGUUUUAGACAGGCGGAGACUCAGUGACAUGUUGGGAGUUUGUACAGUGUGGCAGGCAGAAGGGAAGGGGGUGGAGCCUAGUUGUCAUUUGUUACCACUGAGGGAGGAAUCAGUGUUCAGCCUCCAAUCAGACGCCUGCAGAGAAAAUGAUUAACAAAUAAAUGCACUUUUCUCA